AAUAACAAAGAUGGCCGAAGAACAGGAGGUGAUACAGAUAGAGUUGCUGUGCAAGCAACUUUACGAGUCCCAGGACCCAGAAGUGCGGGACCGCGCUGAGAAGGCUGUCGUCGCUUUUCAGGAGUCCCCGGACACCUUAAGCAAAUGCCAGGCGCUGCUGGAGCGCGCGGACUCUGCGUACUCGCAGCUGCUAGCCGCCACCACCCUCGCCAAGCUCAUCAGCAGAUCGACGACGAGUUUGACAGUCCAGCAGCGUCUAGACAUCCGCAAUUAUGCCCUGAACUACCUCGCCACCCGCCCCAAGCUCGCAAACUUUGUCGUUCAGGCAUUGGUGGCGCUGUUCGCACGCAUCACCAAGCUGGGCUGGUUCGACAUGGUCAAGGAAGAAUUUGUGUUCCACAACGUCAUGGGAGACGUGGGGACUUUCCUACAGGGUCCGGCAGAAAUGUGUACAAUAGGAGUCCAGCUACUAUCGCAGCUGGUGCUAGAGAUGAAUCAAGUGUCAGAGGCUGAUGCGAACCGUUCACUGGCCAAACACAGGAAGAUCGCUUCGUCGUUUAGAGACACACAACUAUUCGAGAUGUUCCGUCUCUCCUGCUCCCUCCUCUCGGGCGCGAGAGGGAAGGCGCUAGACCCAUUAGAUGCCAGCCAGCACGCCCUCAUAGCGAGCCUGCUCCGGCUUGCCCACAACUGUCUUACAUACGACUUCAUAGGCACUGCUGUCGACGAGUGUUCUGAUGAUUUGUGCACUGUGCAGAUCCCCACAUCCUGGCGCGGCUCAUUCCUCGGCGGCGGCACAUUAGAGCUGUUCUUCGAGCUGCAGCAGUCGCUUAGCGGCGGCGGGCUGGCCGGGCUGGCGCUGGCGUGCCUGGUGCAGCUGGCGUCGGUGCGCCGCUCGCUGUUCGGCAACACCGAGCGCGCCAAGUUCCUCAACCGCCUGGCGCACGGCGUGCGCGCCAUCCUCGAGAACACGCAGGGCCUCUCGGAUCCUUCAAACUACCACGAGUUCUGCCGGCUGCUAGCGCGGCUCAAGUCGAACUACCAGCUAGGAGAAUUAGUCAUGGUGGACAACUACCCUCGUCUCAUAGAGCUUAUAGCCAAGUUCACAGUUCAGAGUUUACAAAUGGAUACCCUGUUGGUUGUCGCCAAAAGCAGUUUUGAGCAGCAACGAGAAGAAUAUACCAAACAGGGUAGGUGCAAGGACACAGCCUUGCCGAACACCUCGACGCACAGAGAACGGGUCAGACACAUCGCCGUCGAACACCACUGCUCCCCGCAUACCCUCGUGAAAAGACUCUAUAAGUCUCAAGAGAUUUGGUGGGCAUCCGAUGUGUUCCAGUACAGCAUAAAGACCUUCACGGCUGACCGUGUCGAAGGCUUUAUUCAAAUCAACGAAUGCAACAACCAAUGGGACGGCUUAGAAGACCCUUUAGACGAAGUAGGCUGCGUGCAACAGCAGUUAGAACAGUUAUCUGUAAUCGGACGGUGCGAAUACGGCAAAACGUGCCAACUGCUAGUGUCACACUUCGACAGAGCGGCCGCCGCCUACAGUGUAGAAGGGAAUGCUCACCAACUAACAGUGCUCAGAGGACAACUAACUUGGCUGGUGUACAUGAUUGGCGCCUGCAUCGGCGGUCGAGCGUCCGUCAACAUCUGUGAUGAAAACGACGCGAUGGACGGAGAACUCGUCUGUCGGGUCCUACAGCUCAUGGACCUCACUGACUCCAGGCUCGCUACUGGUGGCUGUGAGAAAUUAGAACUGGCUAUGAUGUCUUUCUUCGAGCAGUUCAGGAAAAUAUACGUCGGCGACCAGGUUCAAAAGAACAGUAAGGUGUACCGACGGUUGUCUGAAGUGCUCGGGCUCAACGACGAGAGCCGGUUGCUGAGCGUGCUUAUGAGAAAGAUCAUCACCAACCUGAAGUACUGGGGCGGCUCCGAACAGAUCAUCGCGAAGACGCUCGGACUGCUCAGCGACCUCAGCGGCGGGUACUCCUGCGUGCGCAAACUAGUCAAGCUGGAGGAGGUCCAGUUCAUGCUCACACACCAUACGGCAGAGCAUUUCCCGUUCCUCGGCAUCACGGGAGUGGGUACGACGGAGAUGCGAUGUCGCACCAUGCUCUACACGGCUCUGGGGCGGCUGCUGAUGGUAGAGCUAGGGGAGGACGAAGAAAGGUUUCACGCCUUCAUGAUGCCGCUCACAGCUGCCUUCGAGAGCCUGGUCAGCCUGCUGGGCCCGCCGGAGAGCCCGCUGUUCUCAUCGGAAGACGCCAAGAAGACGCUCAUCGGGCUCGCCAGGGACCUCCGGGGCCUCGCCUUCGCGUUCAACACUAAAACCACAUACAUGAUGCUCUUCGACUGGAUCUACCCAGUGUACAUGAAGGUCCUCCUCCGCGGCAUCGAGACGUGGUUCUCCGAGCCCGCGCUCACCACCCCCGUGCUCAAGCUGACGGCGGAGCUCGCCCAGAACAGAAACCAGCGCCUGCACUUCGACGUGUCUUCCCCUAACGGCAUCCUGCUCUUUAGGGAGCUGUCCAACAUCAUAUGUGCCUAUGGCAGCAGAAUAUUGACGAUAGACGUGAGCAAGAAGCAAAUGUACGCGAUGAAGCUGAAAGGCAUCUCGCUCUGUUUCUGCAUACUGAAGGCUGCGCUGUGCGGGAACUAUGCCAACUUUGGCGUCUUCAGGUUAUACGGUGAUGAAUCCUUGGACAACGCGCUCAACAUGUUUGUCAAAUUACUAUUAAGUAUACCUCAAAGCGAUCUCUUAGAUUAUCCAAAGCUGUCACAAACGUACUAUGUACUCCUGGAAAGACUAGCGCAAGAUCAUAUGGCAUUUUUAGCGUCCCUACAACCUGAGGCUACUCUGUAUGUGCUGUCGUCUAUAUCUGAGGGACUUACAGCGUUAGACACGAGCGUGUGUACAGGAUGCUGCGCGACGCUUGACCACAUAGUCACAUAUCUAUUUAAGCAAUUAGUACAGAAAUCAAGCAACAAAAUCCCCCACGGGCGGCAGCCGGAGGCUAGCAACAUGUUCAUACAAGUCCUGCAGCAGCGGCCCGAAAUCAUGCAGCAGCUUCUCGCCACGGUCCUAAACGUAAUAAUGUUCGAAGACUGCUGCAACCAGUGGUCCAUGUCGCGGCCGCUCCUCGGGCUCAUCCUCCUCAACGAGGAGCAGUUCAGCCGCAUCCGAGCCGAGAUGAUCGCGCUACAGCCGAGAGACAAGCAGCCGCAGCUAGCGCAGUGGUUCAGCGGCCUUAUGCAGGGCAUCGAACCUAAUCUGCUUACUAAGAAUAGGGACAAAUUCACACAAAACCUGUCAAUGUUCCGGCGAGACAUCAACGAGCUACUGAAGGGCGCCGUCAGCGGAGCCGCGUGUAACGACAUGAUGACGUCAUAGGCCACACAUACACACCCACGCGCACACACGCACACACACACACACACACAGAAAGAGACAAAAGGUUUUCCUUCGUAUUGUUACGGAAACGUACGAACGUGUCAUGCUAUUUCAGUCAGUCUCAGUACAAGAUGUACUGACAUUGACUGAACUAACAUGACAAAUACUAACAUUUCUAGAAAAAUACGAAGGAAUUGCUAUUCGCACCGCAUCUGUAACUUUCAUGAGCCAUAUUCAAAUAAGUAUUUUAAUUUUAUCAUACUUCUAAAAACAUUCAUUAGUUUCAUUACCAUCACAAUCAAUAAUUGUUUUAUAUGUAGAACAACAAAGUUGAUUAUAAAAGAGCAAAAAUACACGGCACAACAUGAGGUAACCGAAUAAUUAAUUUUCCUCAUCAUAUUAGAAGAGUAAAAUGUCAUAAACUUUUCUGGAUUUCGCCUUUCAGAGUAAUAAGCAUAAAAAAAACAAUUACUUAUUAUUUCUUAGAACAAAACGCUAUUUUG